AUGCCAUGCACUGGCCUUACGUAUUUCCCUUCGCUGGCAGUGGCCGGCAUCUUCCUCGGCCUUCUCACAAUCCAAGCUGUCCGGCCUCAUGAACUCCUAAGAGAGCUGGAUCCAGAUGCUGACAAUGCUUCAAAUGCCACAGCCGCUCGCGCGGAGGAGGGCGAUGAUGGUACAGACGACGGACUCGGCAUCCCGAUCGAAUUCACUGCGAAGGAGCCUCCGGGCAUUGAGUUGACGGAAGGGGCUGGACACACCAGCAUCGUGAAGAAGGACUCGAACCCGACCCGCACCCGUCGUUUAGACAACUACACAGUUGCCGCAAUCGACGGGCGGAACGUGGAGUUUGUGUCACCGGCCGUGCUCAAUCCUUUGUGGGCCAAGUUGGCGAACGGAACUGAGAACUAUAGAGUCACCUUCCUUCGGCCAGAGUCGGGAUUCGCCCACAGGGUGCUUCUGGGCAUUGGGAUAUUCCCAGCGGCGAUGACGGUCUACGUCGCAUUUUGCACGCUUCCCUGCCUGCUCUCCCAGCUUGCUCGCAAAGGGGCGCUGGUCAGCGUGAAGCCCGACACAGAUACUCCAGCCCCCGCAGAAGCCAGCGAAGAUCUCAAGGCCCCGGCUGCCACUACCCCGACUCAUCGAAGCGGCCUGGAGGGUGAGGGAGCCCAGGAACCUCCGGCAGAAAGCCCAGAAGUCUCGGCCGCCACAGGCCCUGCAAAGGAGGCCCACAUGCAAACGGCGGCGAAGGACGAGGAGAGGCUGCUGAUUGAGAUGAGGCCGGCCUACAUGCUGGGCGACUCCCCCUUCGCCCGUUGCAUGAAGGGAUGGUACACGCAGGCGCUCCUGGGCGUUUUCCUGGGCACGGAGUGUGCGGCUGCAGUCAUCUUCCAUGUGCAGCUCUUGCCGGACGAGCCCUUGAUGGUGGGCCUCGACUUGGCUAUGUUGCUGCUCCGGCUCGGCUGUUGCGUCGCCGUGGUCGUUGGCCUGCGCGCCGUGGCGUGCAACCAUUUCCUAGAGGAGAGCGCGGAGUGUCCGCGCUUGAUCCCACCCAAUACCUUGGAGUCGAUCAUACGACGCGGGAAGCUCGGGAAAGAGAAGGAGCUGGUGGAGAUCCAGGGCGUCUUGGGGGAUCAGCUCCGGUUCUUGGCUUUUGCGGCGUUCCUACCCACCUUGCUGCUCACGUAUGGCUUCAUCGGGCGGGCCACAUAUAAGUUCCUUGGUGCGGCGGCGAAGUUCCUGACCUCCCAGGACGCAGGCCCCCUCUUGGCCAUGAUGUUCCAGGAGAUGGACGACAUCAACCAGCAGGGGCUCUUGUACUUGCUCUUCUUCAUGUUUAUGCUGGAAGCCUCGGUUGUGGCUCGCACAGUCCAGGCGCACGUGGACGUGCUGACCACGAAGAUUGACAUCAUGCAUCGCAAGGAAAAGGAAGAGUUUGACAGAGCGGAGGGCAAAGACGGGAUAAGCAAGCGGUGGCUGAAUGACAUGCACAAGUGGGUGGUCAAGCUGGCUGAGGAGGUCCUUCCUCACCUGAAGGGCCUGAGCGGCCCAACUUGCGCCUUCGCGGUCUGCAACUGGACCCUGGCCUUUGUCAAGGUGUUCCUGAAUCUCACGGCAGCCGACGAGGCCCAGAUCAUCCGGUCGGGCUUGGGCGCCCUGGUGGCGGUCUUCGCCAUCCAUCUGCCGGUGGGCCUCCUCUGCCUUCUGCCUCUUGCCAUGGUCUCCGACGCCUGCGACGUGCUUCAGGAGAAGCUGAACUUGUUGCGAGGCGUCAGUGAGCCGGCAGACAACACGCACAUCCAGCUGACCGAGUCCUACAUGAAAGGAGCCAAUCGGGGUCAGGGCCUGGGCUUCGAGCUCUACGGCACGGGCAUGGUCGUCAACAAGCGCGUGCUCUUCACCACCUUCGCGAAGAUCGCGGGUGCCGCCUCCCUGGUGCUCUCAGCGGCCUACCAGAUCUUCAAGCUGCAGCGAGGCUACCGGGCCGCUCUGGUGGCUUGA